AUAAUGAUCCUGAUAUUAUUAACACAAGAGGAGCUGUUGGUGAAUGUCCUAUUCAUAUGCUAUUUCUAUAUGGAACAGAUAAACAUUUGGAAAUAGCUCGAGAUCUUAUUAUACGAUUUCCAAUGAUUGUUGCACAAAUUUAUAAUAAACCGAGAUAUUAUGGUGAAAAUAUUCUUCAUAUUGCUAUCGUCAAACGUAAUCCGACGAUGGUUGAAUGGCUACUUAGCAAUGAGCAUUUAGAGUCUUAUCGAGAACAAUUAUUAACUGCAACUGCUACAGGUGACUUCUUUAAAAUAGGUCAACCAUCUUAUUAUGGUGAAACUCCACUAGGAUUUGCUUGUUGUACUAAUCAAUGGAAUAUUGUCGAAAUUUUACUAAAACAUGGUGCUGAUAUGGAUGUGACGGACAGUAAUGGUAAUACCAUUCUACAUAUGCUUGUUAUCUGCAAUUUACCUGAAAUUUAUGCUAAAUAUAAAGCACGUUGGAUAGAACAACAGACUAUUAAUGAUAAGAAAGAAACUAAUGAUUCAAAAUCCACGAAAAUCUGGAAUCGUCUAAAUAAAAAUGGUUUGACACCAUUGACUCUAGCAGCUGAUUUAGGUCGAGCUAAAAUGUUGUCAUGGUUACUUCAUGAACGUAAAAAAGUACAAUGGUCUUAUGGUAAUGUUUCAUGUUUAUUACAUCCUCUCGAUCAACUCGAUCAUGAUUUUCAUAAUGAUAGUCAACAACGACCUCUUAGUGUAAUUGAAAUAAUGAUAAAAAAUAAUAAUCCUGAAUUAGUGCAUUCUAUUACUAUAUCUUUAAUUGACAAAAAAUGGAAGUAUUUUGCUUAUCGAAUACUUCUUCGACGAUUUCUUAUUACAUUUUUCUAUCUUCUCAUUUUUCUUGGUACUACAAUUUUACGACAAACACGAUCAGAAACAACAUCAGAUGACGAUGAUGAGAAAUUUUCAAAUAGCCUUUAUCAGAUCAUUUCUGGAUGUGGUCGUACCAUUGUAAUAUUAGGUGCUCUAUUAAAAAGUGCACGUGAAAUACACGAAAUGCGUAGUUUGGGUCUAUGGAAUUAUAUCAACAGUACAGGAUCUAUUUUUCUUGAAAAUUUUUUGGCAUGUUCGUUUUGUACUGGUAUUUUUACUGCACAAAUUUUUCAUCUAUUUGAAAUGCAACAACAUGAAACUCUCAUACUUGCAUUUACUUCUCUCAUUGGAUGGGGUUAUAUGUUCUUUUUUAUUAUGCCAUUUCGAUUUACUGGUCCAUUUGUCAUUAUGAUUUAUAAAAUGUUAUUUAAUGAUGUUCUUCGUUUUUGCAUAAUAUAUAUAAUUUUUCUUGCUGGUUUUUCACAAUCAUUUUUUAUUUUAUUCAACGAGAAUGGUAAGUUGUAUGAAGCAUGA